CUCUUUCUCUCUCUCACCUUCUUGUUCUUCUCUCUCACCUCUGCUUCAUCUGAACCAGACAUCCUUCUUACCUUCAAGGCCUCCAUUAAGGAUCCCAUGAACUAUCUCUCAAGCUGGUCCCACACUUCUUCCUCCCAUUACUGCAACUGGACUGGACUCACCUGCACAACUUCACUCCCUCUCUCAGUCUCUUCUCUCAAUCUCCAAACCCUAAACCUCUCUGGUGAAAUCUCAUCUUCUGUCUGUUCCCUCCCCAAUCUCCAAAUACUUAACCUUGCUGGCAACCUCUUCAACCUAGCCAUCCCUCUCCAUCUCUCACAAUGUAGGUCUCUGGAGACUCUGAAUCUCAGCAACAAUCUCAUUUGGGGUCCAAUCCCAGAUCAGAUUUCUCAGUUUGGGUCAUUGAAAAUGCUUGAUUUGAGUGGAAACCAUGUUGAAGGGAAAAUCCCAGAAAGCAUUGGGGCUUUGAAGAACCUCAGAGAGCUCAACUUGGCCAACAACUUGCUUUCAGGUAGUGUUCCUGAGGUUUUUGGUAAUUUCACUGAGCUCAGAUUGCUUGAUUUGUCUCAAAACUCUUUCUUGGACAGUGAGAUUCCAACUGGGAUUGGGAAUCUUGAAAAUCUUGAGAAUCUUUUGUUGCAAAGCUCUGGAUUUCAUGGUUCAAUCCCUGAAUCCUUUGUGGGUUUGCUUGGUUUGGCCAUUUUAGACCUUUCACAGAACAAUCUAACUGGUUUGGUACCUCAAAAGCUAGGAUUGUCUCUCACAAACUUGGUGUCUUUUGAUGUUUCACAGAACAUACUUUUUGGGUCAUUCCCAAAUGGCAUUUGUAGUAAUGCUAAAGGACUCAUAAACCUUAGUCUCCAUACAAAUUUAUUCAAUGGUUCAAUAUCCAAUAACUCCAUUAAUGAAUGCUGGAAUCUUGAGAGGUUCCAAGUUCAGAACAAUGGGUUUUUUGGGGAUUUUCCAAAUGGGUUGUGGUCAUUGCCCAAGAUUAAGCUUAUCAGAGCUGAAAACAAUGGGUUCUCCGGCGAAAUACCGGAAUCAAUAUCCAUAGCUGCUCAAUUGGAGCAGGUUCAGAUAGAUAACAACAGCUUUACGGGUACGAUUCCUCAGGGUUUUGGGUUGGUUAGGAGUUUGUAUAGAUUCUCUGCAUCACUUAAUGGUUUCUAUGGUGAAAUUCCUCCUAAUUUUUGCGAUUCGCCCGCCAUGAGCAUCAUAAAUCUCUCCCACAAUUCGCUUUCUGGUCGAAUACCGGAGCCUAGAAAAUGCGGGAAACUAGUCUCCUUGUCCUUGGCAGAUAACAGUCUUGUUGGUGAAAUACCAAUAUCACUUUCUGAAUUGCCAGUGCUAACUUACCUUGACCUUUCAAAUAAUAAUCUCACUGGUCCAAUCCCUCUAGAGCUUGAAAACCUAAAGCUUGCUCUCUUCAAUGUAUCUUUCAACCGGUUAUCGGGUAGUGUUCCGUCCUCCCUUAUCUCCGGGCUUCCAGCCUCGUUUUUACAAGGAAAUCCAGGCCUAUGUGGCCCAGGAUUGCCCAAUUCAUGCUCUGAUGGUGAGCCGAGUCCCAAGAUGGUUGGUCUAUCAAAAUUUGCAUGUGCCCUAAUCUUUUUAGCUCUAGCAGUUGGAAUUCUGGUUCUUGUUAUCGGGUUUUACUUUGUUCGAUCUUCCAAGAAAAGAUCUGAAACGGGUAUUUGGCGUUCGGUUUUCUUUUACCCUCUUAGAGUCACCGAGCAUGAUUUGAUGGCGGCAAUGGAUGAAAAGAGUGCUAUUGGAUUUGGAGUUUUUGGUAGAGUUCACAUUGUGAAAUUACCAAGUGGUGAACUUGUUGCUGUCAAGAAGAUAGUCAAUUUUGGAACUCAAUCUUCGAAAGCUCUCAAGGCGGAGAUCAAGACAUUAGCGAAAAUCAGGCAUAAGAACGUCAUUAAGAUUCUUGGUUUUUGCCAUUCUGACGAUUCAAUCUUUCUGAUUUACGAAUAUUUACAGAAGGGGAGCCUCGGGGAUUUGAUUUGCAGCCCAGAUUUUAGGCUGCAAUGGGGUGAUAGGUUGAGGAUUGCCAUUGGAGUAGCUCAAGGAUUAGCAUACCUUCACAAGGAUUACGUUCCACAUAUACUUCAUAGAAAUGUGAAAUCAAAUAAUAUUUUACUAGAUGUGGACUUUGAGCCAAAACUCAUGGAUUUCGGGCUUGAUCGGAUCAUGGGAGAAGCUGCAUUUCAGUCAUCCUUGGCAUCAGAAUCUACAUUUUCGUGUUACUUGGCGCCAGAACAUGGAUACAAUAAAAAGGCCUCUGAACAAAUGGACACAUUCAGCUUUGGUGUAGUCUUGUUUGAGCUCGUUACAGGCCGGAAAGCAGAGCAAACAGAAUCCGAAAACUCCUCUAUUGAUGUCGUGAAAUGGGUUAGGAGAAAAAUAAAUAUAUCAAAUGGGGCAUUGCAAGUUCUCGACCCCAAGAUAUCAAGAUCUUCUCAACAAGAGAUGUUGGGAACUCUGGAAAUCGCUCUCCGUUGCACUUCUGUGGUGCCAGAGAAACGGCCACCGAUGGCGGAAGUAGUGAGAGCACUUCAGUCCCUUGACUCAAGGACCGGCUUUCCAAAUGUAAAGUUCUCUGCUUCUGAUGAGUUCUCAGUUCCAGUCUGAAUUUUCUACCCACAAGCAUUCAAAUACUUGCAGUUUUUGUAUAUGCAUUACUUGAUUUCACAUGGCUCUUUUGGAGUAUCCUUUUUGUUUGGGGAUAGUGUGUCCCCAGGGUGGGUUGAAUUGGAAAGCAAAAAUAUAUGUUUGGAAAUGUUUUUCUUAUUUCCUUACUGUAAUUUGUUUUGGGGAUUUUGAUAAUAAUAAUAGUAAAUACAGGGUUUUUGCCGGUUUGAAUGGUGACAAGUUGUCAUAAA